GCACUUCCGGGUCGCGGUCUCCGCUCUGCGGUUUUCCCAGCGGCUGAGGAAGUGGUGGGCUAGGCGGCUCCUUCUGCGGGCCCCUGGCCUCGCCUGUUCUGCAUUCCGUGGCGGGAAGCGCCUCCCGCAGGGACUGGAUAUCAAUGCAAGCCUGAAAAUAAAGUAAUUUCUUCCUCCUGAGUCAUGGCAUAUCAGUUAUACAGAAAUACCACGUUGGGAAACAGUCUUCAGGAAAGCCUAGAUGAGCUCAUCCAGUCUCAACAGAUCACCCCUCAACUUGCCCUCCAAGUUCUACUUCAGUUUGAUAAGGCUAUAAAUUCAGCAUUGGCUCAGAGGGUCAGGAACAGAGUCAAUUUCAGGGGCUCUCUAAAUACAUACAGAUUCUGCGAUAAUGUGUGGACUUUUGUAUUGAACGAUGUUGAAUUCAGAGAGGUGACUGAACUUAUUAAAGUGGAUAAAGUGAAAAUUGUAGCGUGCGAUGGUAAAAAUACUGGCUCCAAUACUACAGAAUGAAUAGAGGAAAUAAAUGGCGUUUUGAUGCCAUCUCCUGUUAUUAUUCAUCGCUUUUUGAAGAGAAGCAUAGAAGAGACUUUUUUUUUUUUAAUUUAUUCUAGCAUUGCAGAAAUGAUGACACUGUAUUAUACUACCAGAGAAUUCUGGCAGAAAAUUGCUUAUAACUAUCCUCUUACAUUACUUUUAUUAUAAAGCAUGAAGAAACAUAACUUUUUUCUUAAUGACAAAUCAGAGUUGUCACCCUCCUGAAACAAUCUUUAAUAAACUUAUUUUAAACCUCAA